GACUAGCAAUCAGUUCGCCGGUUACUCGAGGCGGAGCUAGGUGGAGGAAAACUAGAAGAAAACUUGAAGCUUAUCAGCUGUCCCAGAACAACCUACAAUCCGCCAUAGACUGACUAAGCGUUUACAUGCUGCUCCAAAUUCUCAACCACGCACUGGCUAACAGCAUGACAGCUACGGAAACGUUACAGGCAUUUCUCGACUCGCUGCCUUCGCACAGCAGAGAUUUGCUGGAGCAAUUGCGGCGCAUGGAGGAGCAAUGUCCCGGUGUGUUUGACGAUGAGACCCAGUCACCAACAUCCUCUUCACCAUUGUUCAGCUGUUCACCUAGCAGCACCAGCAGCGAGGCAUCGAGCUGGGAAGGAAACGCCAGUGCCUAUAUGAGCAAGCAGCGGGAUGAUGAGAUGCUCAGUCUAAGUGGCAAUGGGCAGCAGCAAAGCAGCGGUGGCCUCGAGUCUAUUGACAAGAUAUUUGGCAGUGCAGUCAGCGGUGCGAGCACUACAAAGCCAGCCGGCUCUACUACAGCAGCGGACAAGGCAGACCAUCUGACUAGUUUCUACUUUCCCAGCAGCGUGUCCUCUCUUCUACCGCUGUCACAGAUGCCCGCAGUUUCCAGCUGUGUGCAAGCCAAUAGCACCAGCAUGCAGCAACAGCAGUUGACAUCACCCGGCAUCAGCUGCCUGGAAUCGCCUCCCGCCGACUACUCUGAUGUCCUGCUCACGCGACUCCUGACUGCACCCGUCCAGCAGCCGUCCUCCAUGCUAUCAUCCAGCGUCAACGUAGAGAUCGACUUGAAGCUCCACAACCUGAACACGAUGCAGUCGCUCAACGAGGGUUCACCUAAUGUUGAGCACAACACAAGUGAGCAGUCAAACUUCUUCCAGUCAAGCUCCACGACACCUACUAGCAUUACUCUACCUCCUCAGCUGUCCACUUCACAAGUCAAUAGCAACUUGGAUCAACCGUCCACUAGCACCAACUUCCAGCUAACCUCUCCACCGCCCACUACGUCCGACAUUGAGACGUCCUUCAACGAGCUCAUGCUUGAUCAAACACCGUCAGACCUGCACCGAAUCCUGUUCCCUGGACACUCACUGUUUCCAGACUGCAGCGGCAGUAAGACUAAGUCGGGCCAGGUCGCCGAACAAGCAGACAUACUGUCCCCACACAUGGACAGGCUGUGUGACCCGUCAAGCUGCAUUCCCACAAGACAGCAGUCCAACCAAGCUGAUGACAGGUGCAAGGAAAAUGUGCCCGCCUUCACUGCUCGCAUCAAUGACUCCUUCAGCACAUCGAAAACAACGACUGCAACAACUUCGUCCGCCUUGUCAACACCGCCCUCUUCCGAAUCAUCUUCAUCGUUCCUCUAUCCCAGCUGUAGCUCGUCAUAUCCUCCUAAAAGUCUUUCAUUUCAGCAUGGUAACUUUGUUGCUGAACCGAAUCAACCUGUCCCUCCUCUCUCCGUCACUGAGUUUGAGGCCAUCUUGAAGAAGGCCCAAAAGGAGGGCAAGCCAGGUGUGCCCAUACCGCGCAAACCCAAGAAGCGACCAUCGGCGCCACGCAAGAGGAACCACUUCUGCAACUUUGAGGGCUGUGACAAGGUUUACACAAAGUCGUCGCAUCUGAAGGCGCAUCAGCGCACCCACACAGGAGAGAAGCCAUUCCCCUGCACCGCACCGGGCUGCAACUGGCACUUUGCCAGAGCGGACGAGCUGACCCGCCACUACCGUAAGCACACCGGGGACAAGCCGUUCCGGUGCGCUUACUGCGAGCGCUCGUUUGCUAGAUCGGAUCACCUGGCUCUGCACUACCGACGCCAUAUGCUGCCCGGGCCCAAUGGCAAGGUGGUCCAAUCUUUCUCCUCCAGCCAAGUCAACACAACAGCGGUGGGCAACAAUAGUCAUUCCAAGAAGACAUGACUUCCACACUCCACCUGCUGCUGACUUCCAACGUCUCAAUCCUAGUUGCCAAUCCAAUGGCCUGGACUACCGGAAUCCCGCUAACUGCACCGCGGCGACGAGCAAUGUCGGGAAUAGUGCCAGAUGAUUGCUGUCACCGUCCACAUGCCCGCCACACUCUCGUCAUCAUCGGCUCUCCUUGAGAGCCAACCUGCACGCACCACAAGACAACAACUUGCUGCUCACUAAUAACACGAGCAGCAGCUCCAGUCAUUACCACGGCUGCACACGGUGUGUUCGCUCUUUUUGCCACGGAAUACGGUGGAUACUGAUCUCCCGGCGGCUGCCAUGUCGUUAAGAGUCUGCGCUCGAAAGCUUCUACACCAGCGAUGGUUCUAUUUGAAGCUUUCUAGACUCUGCUAGCUGACAUUGUCGUCCACAAUCUGCACUUUGUUUUGUUGCUGCUCCACUCCUAAUGCCGUGUGGCUAAGAGUGUAGCAACAGCUCUGCAACCUAUUGAUCUAUCCGCCCGCUACAUGUCUUCCCCAUGUUUGUUUAGUGUUCAUUGACUCUGCCUCGUAUUUCUAACUCCACCUAUCCUUUAACAAUAGCCAUAACCUAUUUCACCCGCAAUCUUCACUUCACGCGGACACGUCACUUAUUCGCGUACAUGCACUAAUGCUACAUAGAAUCUCAUUGUGAGCUGCUGCUGUUGUUUUCUCUCUGCGGCACGAUUAUUAUGAAGCUCUAUGGCUUUGCUUUUAACCCUGAAUUAUUAUACGCCGCUAUUCUUAACCCGAGACGUACACUGACUAUUUUAUGCUUAACCCUAGAUGCACUUUUUUUCUUCGUGCGAAACUGCACAAUGAUUGUAUAUUUUUAACCUUAUGAUACCUAGCAAUAGCACUCAAUGCUCGCGUCUACUGUAUUUCCUUCCCAGAGAUGUGGUCCAGUCUCUUCAUUUGUCCACUCUGAGUCUUUUCCGCAAUCAAAUAAGCCUAUCAAUCUACUUGCCAGCUUGAUUCAUCUUAGAAAGUUUCCGUGUUGAUUAGCUUCUAUUAUUAAUUUUCUUCAAUUUUUCUUUAAUUUGAGAUAGGCUCGAAUUAUUACAAUUAUUUUACAAGUACUUACUCUAGUAAUUAUGAACUUGAGAGUGUCCGUUAACUCCUUCCUAAGCUCA